AUGCACCGCGAUAUGCAAUUCUCCGGAAGCCCAGCAAUUUCUAUACCUGGGCUCGAUCCGAAAGACGACGUCCCUCCUCCUCUACCUCCACCACGCCAUCUUCCAUUUUUGGAGGGUUCCGCUAAUCCCGAAGACUCGAAGAAGGAAUCGCUCGACCGCUUCAGUUCAUCUACACACAGCGGGUACGGCAGUAUGCACCCAGGGUCCUUUAUGGACGAGAGACCAAGUUAUAAGAGAAGAGGCACUGGAAGUAGCACCAAUGGCGACGAGGGCUAUGCAAGCUACACUGCAACUGAAAGUACUCGGGAUUCUCGACCCACCGAAUUCUUGCACCACAGCAAGUUUCACUUUCAGACCGCAGCUGAUUUGCAUGGCGAUAGCAUGAAGAAGAAAUUGAAUCCGAUCCGCACAUUUGACAGGUCGCCUCGAUCAGCAACAUCCUCAGCCUUGAGUGAGCAAGUACGACGACAACCCGACCGUCGAGCCCCGACCCUGAGCAUGCCUGUCCAACUGCCUAUUCACACCAGAUCACUACUAGAUUCAUCUGCUAGAAUGACGGAUACGCCCAUUUUCUCUGCCGUUUCUCCUCGAUCUGGUCCAUUUCGGCAUUUCCCGGGGGACCAUCGUUUUGCCAAGGAUGGAUCAGAUUAUGACCAAUCACCAAGAGGUCGUUCACAGCGAAAUAAUAGCGACGACGCAUCUUCGACUCAAGGCAGUUAUGAUUUUACUGGUGUAGAAGAUAUGGAGAUUGAUGAGGCCACAUCACCGAAGAGGCUUCACCCAGACGAAGCGUAUGCCAGCGUAGGCCACAAACGAAGGGCAGCUAGUCCUCCAGCAGGAGAUUCUUUACUCCACGGAGUCUCGAGCGAUAUUCGCCGACGAGAACUUGGUUCCCGUGGCUCUCCAACGCCUCGGCUCACUGUCAUGCCCCAGGCUUCGUCUUUAUCAUCCAUGUCCUCUGCGGCUAUCUCUCGUUCCAAUUCUUACAUCUCUACUAUGUCCAUACCGCCCUCCAGUGUAACCACUGCAAUGUCGUUCGGCCGCCGAUCUCCUGGUGCCGCCUCUCCCGGUGGUAUCUCACCUACGUCUUGCAAUUCGCCGUACACAACACCCGCUUCAUUGAACCACAGUCCUCGAAACUCUGUCUCUGGCAGAGGUAAUACACAUGGACGAACCAUCUCCGGAACAAGCCCGAGAAAACUAGCAGAUAUUCAAAAACCUGCGGGGUCUAAGGUUCAGCCAGUUCUUAUGUGCGAGUGCUGCCCUAAAAAGCCGAAGAAGUUUGACACGGCGGAAGAGCUCAGUGCUCAUGAGGCUGAGAAACAAACUCGCUCCAUGUUCGCCGACAUUCGUGGUCGUGUUCAGCACUUUCCGGCUAUGAUCGUGCGUUUCAUGAUUCGACAACCCGUCCCGGAGAAGCCGAUACUUGCGGCUAUUGUGGUGAAGAUUUUUUUCGCUCAGGUAGAGGACCUGGCAAUGGGUCCUUGUCCAGAGGAAUUGUCCCAAAACACGCCACGGACCAAGACUGGGAUGAUCGUAUCCGUCACCUACAAGAUGUUCACAAAUUUGGCGAGUGCAACUCCUCCAAGAAAUUUUAUAGAGCGGACCAUUUUCGGCAGCACUUGA